AGGGAAGUGACGUACUGUGCGCGGUGGUGCGAUGGAGCCCCAGGCGCAGCAGCCGCAGCAGCAGCAGCCGCAGCAGCCGCAGCAGCAGCUGAGAAACUUGCGGGACUUCCUGUUGGUCUACAAUCGGAUGACGGAACUCUGCUUCCAGCGCUGCGUGCCCAGCUUGCACCACCGAGCUCUGGAUGCUGAGGAGGAAGCCUGUUUGCACAGCUGUGCUGGGAAGCUGAUCCAUUCCAACCACCGCCUCAUGGCCGCUUAUGUGCAGCUCAUGCCUGCUCUGGUACAGCGCCGCAUCGCAGACUACGAGGCUGCCUCAGCUGGGCCAGGUGUUGCUGCUGAACAGUCCGGAACCUCACCAUCAGGCAGCUAGCCCUUCCCAGCCCCAGGAAGGGAGGCACUGGAUGGACCCUCAAAUUGAAGGAGCCAGUGGACCUUGGGCUGGAUGCAGCCUGUAUAUAGAGCGAGGGGUUUCCUGAGAGCUGGGUACUAUUGCUCCUUUUCCUGGAGCCAAUAAACCCGCUUUUACUCUCUUUGGUUUAUGUUCUGGGCGGGGAAGCUUUGCCCACUGUAUUGGCACCAUCCUUUAUUCGGUCAGUUAGUGCCUAUCUGUUGGCUUCAGCCCUGGCAGUGGAGAAAUUGCCUUCUCUGUGUAGAAGGAAAACCUUAACAUUCCCAGGCACCUGGUUAAAGCAAGGUCUGUGGGUACAAUUUUAAUGUUAGUAACGUCAACAGGAAGUUGAUUCCUGCCCAAAUGGCAGAGAAAAAUGAGACCUUUUUCUAAAUCUGUCCUUCACUUAAAUCUGUCUGACUUAAAUGGCUUAUUUGUGAGUCAGGUGUACAUUCAUUCAUAACUCUUUUUCUGGACUCUAAGGAAUUCUGCUAGAUGUAGGUAAAGGAGAUAACCAAGGACAGCAGAUCAAGAAAUCAGACAAAAAAAAAAAAGAAAUCAUGGACAGGGUAUUUAGGCAGUGCCUCCUGGGAAGUCAGUAGCCCCAGAACAGAGAUGAAACCUCUAAGAAUUUUGGGGUGUUCUGGGACUUCAAUCAUUUCCCAAGUUGUUACUUUCUUAUUACUUUCUGCCUACCCCAGGAUGAGUGGUAAAGCCUUUACACCAAGGUCUGUGUGCUUGUCUUCAGGAGCAGUCAGAAAGGGGAAACUUGGGGGACCAUAUUCUGCAAUAUAGCCAGACCUAAGGGACAGAAGCCCAAGGGAGAAGUACACGAUGGUGGUUAUGGGGAAAAAAGGGGAUAAAGCAAAUCCUUGGGACCGCUUUAUCAUUGCCUGCAUGUCUAUAAUUUCAGCUCUUCCAUCCUCUACCCUACAUUGUUCCCACUGUUCCUGUUAUUUCCAUAUUGAGCCUCUCCAUUUUUCUCUCAUUUAUUCCCCUCCUUGUGAAAUUUACUUCUGUAUUCAGCAGUCUGAAUGGCCUAUCGCUCCAUCACCACAUUUUCUUGCCUCCCUAUGUCCUUUUUGUAUCAUUCCAGCUGUUUUAUCUUUUCUGUUCCUCCAUUCAGACUGCUAGAGAAAGACACAGCUGUGUAAUGAACGGCACUAAAUAUUCAAGGUCUCCAAUUUCAACCAAGCCCUCACUACCAACAAGCAACCCUUUGUGGCUUCCUGGUGUAUUUCAUCUCCUAAUCACCAUGGCAAUUAUUUUACACCUUCACUGUUCUCCUUAUCCCCCACUUCACGUCCAACUUUCCCCAUCAGGUGACCAUGUUUCAUUUUUUACAGAGGAAAUGGAAGCUGUUAGACACUGGUUCCCACAAUAAUAAAAAAACUCUUUACAGCCACCCACAGAGCAUUUUUCCCCCCUGUAUGGAUCAGGAAGUUGAAAUUCUCUAGUAGCAGACCCUUAUAGAUACAGAUCUGACUUUAAAAUCCAUGUACAUUUUACUACACCAGGCUGCCUCUCAAAAUAUCCAUUGAGCCACCCAAUUUGUAUGGGUUCUGAUACUGAUAAAUGUCUUGCUUUAAUCUUUAUAGCAAAACUACAAGUAAGAUAUUAUCUCCACUUAAUGGAUGAGGAAGCAAGAAUCCAGAAUGUACCAGAACGCUGUCUUAUACAUAGUUAACCUCUUGAGAAAAGUGGCUCCAAACAGCUUUUUGCCUCCUUAGCUCCCAUAUCUUGAAUAGAAGGUUUUGCUAGGAACAUACAAGUUGCUGACCAGAAACUUCCCUACUGAGUAGCUUUGUGUCUACCCAAUAAAGUUCUCUCCUUGGAAAGUAUAACUGCAGCUAGAACAGCUUGUGAGCUUAACCAAUCCAAGAUGGUAAUGGGGACCUGGAAUACUGUGGUGCUGGUGGGAGGACUCUUCCACAUGGACAUUUGUGUGUAUCCUUGCAGUAAAUUUCCAUUGCGAAUUGUCUGUGUUUCCAUGUCACAUAAUUACUACUUGCUGGAGAAGGGCUAAGAAAAAGAACUGUCUUGACUCUAGAAGCUAUGUUCUUUGAAUUUUAAGAGUUCAUCUGUGCUUGUUCACCUGCACCCAGGCUGUCCCUAGGCUUGGAAAAACAAGUAUCCCUCAACGUAAUCCAUUAGUUAAUCCCUUAAGUUUUUAACUUCUUCUUUUCUCUCUGUUUAUAAACAUGUUCAGUACUUAGGAGAAGAACCCUACUCCUGUUACCCGUCUGUUAACAAUCACUGACCUCUCCCUCGGGUCUUGCCAUAAAGUGAUAUCAUUGGUGUAAUGAGAGCAGUGUGAUGUUUUAAGCACAACACAAGAAUAAAUGUUAACAAAGCUCUCUUAUCACAAAUACGUAUUGGAGACAGUUGGUAUUGUCAUUGUGGCUUCAGAACUUGACUGCCUACUUCGUAAAGUCUGAUUCCUUUGAGCCUGUUCAACUGUACCACCCUCUCUCAUUACUUGUCCUUAGUAACCACAGCUCUCCUACUUUCCUCAAAAUAGCCCUUGCUCUUCCUAUAACCCCUUGACACUGUAAUGUUACCAGACAGUCCAUUCAGUAUUUUGGUUUCUUAAUUCCUUGCCUCAGUCUCCCAACGAUUUCCACUCUUGUCUUAGCCACCCACUCCCUUAGUUAUGUCCUGGCCAUUGCCAUUACCCCAAACUGCUCCAUCUUUAAAACACUAUUACUAGCCUCUUCCUUACUGUAUUCCUUCUACUUUGUUUAUUGAUAUAUUCCUUUACUAUUGUUCUUUGAUUUCACUGGAGCUUUCAAGCCAUUGAUUCUACUUUCCAUUAACAUCUUCUGUCUUUAGAUUCCUGUCUAGCUGAAAUACCAGUUAUUCUCUUGGAACAGACUAAAUUUCUUUGUCAUCUCUUUGUUGGACUCAGAUAAAAUGAGACAUUUGUCUGUCUCUGCAUUUGGACAGCUAAAAGCCCAAGGAAAUGACUACAGAGCAGAUUUGUAUCACUAUGAAUUCAUGGUUACCAGCGUCAAAUGGAGACUCAACCCCUAUAAUCCCACUAGGUUUUUCCAGUCACUGCUGCUCCCUGCGAUGAAUACUUUCAAAUCAGUAUUCUUAAGCCUCUUACUACCCUCACUAUUCUCUUCAGUGUUCUGCAAGUAACCUUAUUUUUUAAUUCAUAGGUAAAAGUAGAAGCUCUCAGAGGAGUUCCCACAAAAUCUCACAACACAACGUCACGCACCUAUACCUGCAUCAUUCUCUCUUUCCUUCCAUCUAAAUAGGGCAAACAUGCCUCAAAGCCAGUGCCUAUUCCUGCUCUGAAUCCUAGUCCUUUCCAUGGGGAUCUCUGACUUUUUCUAUUUUACUAUAUUCUCACCAUUGCUAAAGACUGUCCUGUUAAACCACUACCUUAUUUCCCCUCCAGCUAUCAUCCUAUUGUUCUCCACUUUACAGCUUAACUUCUUAAAACAUUUGGAUACUGUGGCUCUCUCCAUUCCCAUUCCUCCACCCAGUCUAUUUUGACUUCUACAAUCUUUAUUCUAUUGAAAUUGUUCUUGAUGAGGUCACCCUGGCCUACCAAAUGACUCAUAUCCCUGAUUUCCCAGGCCUCAGUUUACUUCACUUCUCAGGAGCAUCUGGUACUGUUGACUAGUUCCUCAUCAUUGGCAGUCUUUCAUUGGUGUCUGUCACCCCACUAGUGGUUCUACUACUACUUUCACCAUGCUUUAUAGCCCCCUUUGAGGCUCACCUGCUUCCAGCCUUUACAUCUAAAGGUUUCUCUAGGGCCUCUCCUUUCUCAGACAUUUUUCUAGGAUUGUGUCCUCUCCGUUCAGCUUCAGUUACUGGUGCCUCCUAGAUCUCUCCUCUGAGCUACUUGAUUGACAUUCCCACUUAGGUGUCUCAAAAAUAUCCCCAACUCAGCAUGUUUUCCUCAUCAGCUUUCGUAUACCUGGUACUCCUCCAGUUGCAGAAGCUAGAAACCUCACUCAGUUGCCAAAUCCCAUCUGUUUACGUUUUACAUUUCUAAAUAUCCCUUGAUUCUGUCUGCUUCUCCCCAUUUUUACAAUCUUCCAACAGUGUUACUGCAAUUGCUAUUUUACCUCCUAUCUACUUCUGCAUCCCUCCAAUCUCUUCUCCAUUGAUAGGCCAGAAAAUAAACUGAGGCUUAAAACCUCACAAUAGCGUCCCAUUCUUAGGAUAAAAACGCAUUCUACAUGUGACCUCAGACCGUGCAUGAUUCCGUCCCUGCCCACCUCAGCUUUAUCUUAUCAUGGACUAUCAAACACCGGACUGUCAGUACUGUUUGUUGAACUGAAUUGAGCCGCAACUCACUUGCUGCCUCUCUGUGCUCUCACCACACUGCCAUCUCCAUUCUUCUAAUCUAUCAGGUACCAUUCCAUCUCGGGGCCUUUGCACCAUUUCCUGACUUGCAGUGCUUUCCCCUCACUUUACCUACUCAUUCUUGAGUACUUAGUGUGAAUGCUAUUUCCUCACAUAACUCUUCCCAGACUCCAGCUCCCAUAAUUCCUCAUGUUUGUGGCAUGUAGCACUUCUAACUGUUGGUAAUUACAUACCCCAUGAGAUCACAGUCCACGGCUGUAUUGCUCACCAUUGUACCCUUAUCACAGUGCCUGGCACAUAAUACGUGCUUGGUAAAUAUCUGUUGAAUGAACAUUUUGCAGUUUCCUCCCAGCUCAGUCUACUAUUUACAUAGGAAGAGAAAGGCUGAAUGUCGGAAGAGACAGAAAUGAGUCUGCAUUUAACUUUUGACGUUUUGCCAAUGAUUUAGAGGUGUUUUUCAUGCCUAAUCUCACUGGUUGGUCUCUUCUGCCCUUAAUAUUCACAGAUCGGUCAACACCUGAAAGCUUCCAUCUGGAGCAAAUCAGUCAUUCUAGUUUCCACUCAGUUCCUUUAAGCUUUAUAAUUCUGCUUAAAUAAUUCUUGAAACCUUUCUUUUCUCUCCACGUCCUUUGUCACUACCUUGAUCGAACUUUCAUCAGCUCUUGUAUAGAUUACAGCAGCAGUCACCUAACAGCUUAUUCCUUGAGCUUGGACCCCUUUGAUUAGUUAACAUUUAGCUAAGGUAUAUGUAACAGAGACUAAAAAUGACAGUGGCUUACAAACUUUUCUCUUUCAAGUAAAAAUCUAAUCCAAGACUGGUGUGACAUCACAGUCAUCCGAGAACCAAGCUACUCCUAAGCUUUCUGCUUGUUGUAUCAAAGGUAUGACUCUCAAUCAUGUGACCCAGGAUGGAGCUUUACUUUGCACACAAACAUUCCAAGGGGCAGAAUGGAGCAGGGAGUGGGUGGAGGGGCAUAUCCUCCUCCCUUUAAGACACAUCCGAAAAGUUGUACAACAGAAAUUUGUCAUGUGGUCAGGCCUUGUUACAAGGGAGGCUGAAAUGUCGCUUUAUUCUUACCAGUCAUUUUUUUACCCAGUUAAAAAUUGGGAGUUCUGUUACUAAGGAAGAGGAGGAGUAUGGCUAUUAGGAGACACCUACCAGUCCAUUUUCCAUACUGGUUGAGAGUGAUUCUUGCAAAAUACAAAAAUAAUGGUACUCAUCUACCUAACACCUUCCGUCACCUUCAGACUGUAACAUCACAACUGAAGCUUUCUGUGAUCAUGUCCCAGAAGAUCUCUUUGGCCUCAUCUUCAACCCCCUUUCCUCAGUUUUUGAUUCUCAUACCCUUGGUAUAAAAGGAUCAAUUUAUUUGUGGUGCUCAGACACAUCAUGCUAAUUCUGGACUCUGUUUUUCCUUUUUUGAGUAUGUCCCACUUUCGUCCAUAUAGUAAGUACUUCACAAAUACCCGAGUGAGUGUAUUUACCAACACUGUUAAGCCCUGCAGAUGCAGAGGUGAAUGAAAAAGAUGCAGUCCUUAUUCUCUUGGAACUUAACACAGAUAUGGUGGAGGUGAAUAUAGAACAAGUAAUCACAACUGUGGUGAAUGUUACAAAGAAGAAAUAUGUGUUGCACUGGGAACAUACAGUAGUACUAACCUGUGUGGGGGAUGAAGGAGAGCUUCCCAGAGGAGUGAUUUGGAACCUGAGAUCUGAAGGAUGAAAUAGAAUUUACCAAGCAAAAGACAGGGGGAUGGGCUACCCUCCUUUCCUUCAUGUCUUUGCUUAGAUGUCUCCUUUUUAUUAAGGCUUGUUCUGAUUAUGCCAUUUAAAAUUGCAACCUAUCCUCCCUCAGACACUCCUGAUCCUCUUUAUUCUGCUGUUUUUUCCAUAGCACUGUCAUUUCUCACAUACUAUAUAGUUAACUUAUUUUGUUUUGUCUUUUUAAUUCUGGAUCAAGAUUCUGAUAAAAUUUGUUCUAUAUACUACCAUGAUUAUACAAAAUUAUUUAUAUUGGCAUUGUGCCCUGCAGUGUUUUACACACAUUACCGUAUUUUUUUUUCUUUCCUGCAGGACUAUUUUAGACUGUUAUCACCCGUAAACAGUAAAUAGUGUGGACUUUUGGAAUAGGCCUGUUUUAUCAUCUAAUCUAAACAGGUAAUUUUGCAGGUAAUUCUCUUCCUUCAGAUUCAAGAUAUUAUUUUCUUUCCCAAGAUUAGUGAUUUAAAUUCUCUAAAUGUGAUUCUACUGAAGAGGUUGAAGAUUAAGAUCACUAAUAUUUCUAUGGAAAUUGAGGCUUUUAAAUCAUAUCCUAUGUGUUUGUUGGCCAGUCCAUGAUUCAUAAUUAUAAUCUGCCUAGGUUCUAUUUAUUUUUAUUUUUAUUUACCUUUGGGUCCCCUUCACCCAUUGGUGAAAUGGGUAAAGGGACUCAUUUUUAUUAUUUAUUACUGUAACUCCCACUAGAAUUUAUGUUCUCUAAGUCAUAAAUCAGGAAUUUUGUCAAUGUUAUUGCUCUGUACACUGAUAUAACCAAACAUCUAAAAUAGUGCCCAAAACACAGCUGAUGCUCAAUAAAUAUUUGUUGAGUAAGUGAAGGCAGGAGAGAGUUCCAGAGCAAAAGUCUAGAGCUUGGCUUUAGAGAGAGCAGGAACAUCUCUUAUUGGUAACAGGAAGGAUGGAGGAAUGGAUAAGGCAGAUCUAAGUUUUUUUAUUGGUAUUGAGAGAUUGAGAGAGUUUCUUUUCAAUAUCAUGUGUGAUGGUUAGUGUUGUGUGUCAGCUUGGCUAGGUUAUAGUACCGUUAUUUAAUCAAACACUAAUCUAGGUGUUGCAGUGAAGGUAUUUGGUAGAUGUGGUUAACACCUACAAUUAGUUAACUUUAAGUAACAAAACUACUCUUACUAAUGAGGGUGGGAUUCAUUCAACCAGUUGAAGACCAUUAAGAGCAGAAAGUGAGAUUUCUCAAAGAAGAAAUUCUGCCUCAAGACUGCAGCAGUAAUUCCUGCCUGAGUUUCCAGCAACCUAUCCUACAGAUUUUGGACUUACUAGCCCCCACAAUCAUG